AGAAAGUGACAAGCAAAAAUUGUGUGAACCCUCGAAAAAGGUUGUGUUGUGGCUGCUAGAAAUUCAUUUUCCGUGAUUUUAUUCUGUUCGGUGCUAAAUGGAAUAUAUCUGAACCCUUGGCUAGCCAUUCAGUUGCGUGAAUCCGUGGGUAACCUUAGUAUUUUCGUAACAAGUAGAGUAGGUUGCUGUCGUUUGUCAAUUUCCGGUCGCCGUCAAUCGUCUUGGAAAUCAAGCAGAAAAAAGCAAACAUCAUGAGCACCACAGUUCCAGCUAUCUGCAAGGAUCUGGACGGGGACGACCGCUGGCUGAGCAUCCACAAGCGCUUCCUGCAGGAGUGCAAGGAACGGGAUCCGGACGUGAUGUUCAUUGGGGACUGUAUUCUGGAGUCGUUACAGUUCACCGAUUUCUGGAACAGCCAUUUCGUGCCGAUGCAUUGUCUAAAUUUUAGCAUACGCAACGAUCGGAUCCAGAAUGUGCUCUGGAGGUUGCAGAACGGGGAGCUGGAAAGUGUCCGGCCCAAGGUGGUGGUGCUGCACGUGGGAACCAAUAACAUUAGCGAAAGCGCCGAAGAGGUGUGCGAAGGGCUGCUGCAACUGGUGGCCACCGUGAGGGGCAAGCUGCCGGAGGCUUACAUCGUUCUUCCGACACUGCUACCGCGUGGCCACCAGCCAAACCCGCUGCGAGACAAAAACGCCCAGGUCAACGCACUCCUCAAGGAACGCUGCAUCGGCAUGAACCGGGUCCAGAUCGUGUGCGUCGAUGGCGGCCUAAUACAGAGCGACGGCACCAUCAGCCAUCACGACAUGUUCGACUAUUUGAACCUCACCAACAUGGGCUCCAAGAAGGUGUUCGAACCGGUCUGGGACCUGCUGCACCAGAUCCUUACCGAGAACGAGAAGGAACGGGAUCUGACCCCGUCCGAGUGAGAUCCGGAAUAGGUUUUCUGUUAGCCGGUUUUUGCGUUUUUGGUAACUGUUCAUUUUUCGGCGGCAGGGAUGAUCUCGGGAAGGCGGGGUUUGAGACGGUCAUCGGAUUUUGUGCAUUCCACCAUUACUCGUAUGUUUUUGUGUUUGAUUCCCUUCGUUCUGAAGUUCGGGGUCCUUUUGGGCCUUUCCGGACCGGGACCGGUUUGAAAAUGUCCGCUCUACCAAAUCAUUUUGAACAAUAUUUAUUGAUUGUAAGUUGAUAAGAGAUAAAGUUAUGUAACUUAAUAUUAAUUUCUCCAUAUUAUUUUUGUUUAUAUCAUCAGAAGUAUUCGAAGAAAGUUGUCAAUGUACGUUUUAAAAUGUUAAAAUUAUUGGUUUAAAUUGUGAAGAAUUAUCUGAUUAUCAUUGCCUUAACAACUUUCUCCCUGUACAUGACAUUGCCCGUACUAAACAGUUUUCUCAUUUGAGCGAGCUCGAUUCGUUGGUAAUAAAACAUUCCUUAUGGUAGCAGAGUAGUUUUGACGGUAGUUUUAUAGGCAAACAAAUAUCGUUAAAAAAGGAAAAACAGAAAAACGUAACUGAUUAUCAUUCCAAUUUACCUCACUGAGACUAGAGCCAGCUAGUAAUUUCAAAGCCGUAUUUCACAUACAGAAACAUUCUCAAUGCAAACGAAAAGUACUAAUUGAUUAAUCAAAACGAAAACUUGAUAACACAUUGAUAAACGAAAAAAAAAGUUUAAAGUAGCAAACACUGAAAAAAAGAACACAGGAUCUCAAGAUAAAACGGUUGACUUUACUCGUAUUGAAUCAUUCAAUAAUUCAACAUUUGAAAAAGAGUUUUACUCGGUAUUACUAUCCUAUUAAGUAAAACAAAUCAUACAAGUUGUAUUUAGUUGGCACUCGAGUAAAUUCUUAGUAAUAAAUUUUAACUUAUUUUAAAAUUAAGUUUACACUAAAAACAAUACAAACUUUGGCGACAUUUAUAAUUGGCAAUUCAAAUCAAUGAUAAUUCCUUUGAAAAUUCAAUUUAGGGCCUCUAGGUGCCAACUGAAUAAAACAAAGUAUCACAUUCGAAAUCGACUAUUCCUAGAACGUACUAAAAUGUUUAACAAAAAAAAAAAAAAAAAAAAAAACAAUAAUAAAUUGAAACCUGUGUUGUAGCACAGAUUUCUUAUCCAGAACUGCAAUUAAGUGAUUCAAUUGUUAAGCCUGAUUUCAAACCCACACUUACUUACACACUGAUAAAACGUAAUCCCUUACUGAUGAUAAAGUUAGACCUUUAAAAACAAAAAAUAACUUAUUGAUAAAAGGAUAAUAAACUAAACCUUAACGCUACUGACGUCAAAAGAUUGAAAGUUGAAAGCCUACACCCAAAGAUAAAGAAAAGAAUGAAAUUAAUGGAAAAAAAUCAAUAAAGAAAUAAGCGUGAUGCGUAGUCCCCAAUGGCUUUUUUUUGGUCCCUUGAACGGUAAUAUUUUGUUUGAAGUUCUCGGUACAGCAAAAUUCCGGAACAAAAAGGAAUACCAACGCGUGGAUUAGCUUUUUGUAGAUGGCGCUAGAUGUGACAAAUUACCUGUAUGUGCUAGAAGAUGUGCGAGAGAAAUGAAGAAACCCUCGAAAGGAUCGCCUUACGGGAGCUUUGAUGGAUAUUAUACACCGAUAAAACAUUAUUCUAGAAUUAUUAAGGCAAGAAAUUGACCCCCCAAGGAAAUAAAGCUGUUCCGCUAUUA